AUGAAUACCUCAAAGACUUUUGCUUCUAUCCUUGUUCUUUUCUUCGCUUUCAUCUCUUCAGCGAAUGCUCAUUUUAGGUUCUUUACCCCUCCAAAUAGAGGGUCUGGAGGUGACUUGUAUGCCCAAUUUCCUUGUGGAGGUUUUAAUGAGAUAAACCUUACUUCCAUAACCGAAUUUCCUAUAAAUGGUGUGGUUACUGGCAGGUUUGGAGAUCCUGCUACUGGUACAAUUAUUUACAGCUACGCACCCACUUCUAGUGGUACUUUCGUGCCUGUUUCAGAAAAUAUCACGAUCGAAUAUACCGAUGCUUUCGCUUAUCCACAGUAUCUUAAUACAACACUUGAUCUCACCAAGGCUAGUGCCAAAGUUGGUGAUCAAGGUGUGCUUCAAGCGUUUUUACAGUCAACCACCCUGACUCAAUAUCAAUGCGCAGAUAUCAAGAUUUCGGACAAACCUCAACACCUAAAUCCAGUGGAGUUGUUGGAACCCCUUUACAUUUUAUUAUCACGUCAUGUAUCAUUGCUUUCACCAUUUUGA